AUGGGAGCAGAGACUGGCCACCUCAGCAGACACAAACACGAGGAGAAGCUGGCUCCUAGCUGUGCCAGCGCAGGUCACAACAGGCCCCACAGAGAAGUGAUGGGCAGUAGUUGCCAGCUACAAGCACGACCAGGCAUAAGCCUCACGUCAUUCAGUCCCCUCCAGGAGGUGGCUGGGAGUGCAUUUGGAGAAGUGGCCCAAGAAAGAGCUGAAGUGACAGAGUCUUAUAAAUCUCCAGCCUAUGAGGCACUGGCCUUUGAGUUACUGCUGGAGUGCCCAGUGUGCGUGGGGUACCCACGUGAGAUCCUGCGUUACACCUGCGACACCUCCUCCCCCACUAGGGCAGAGAUCUGGAGCUUCCACCCCAGCAAGUUCAUUCAGAGGGAUGGCCUGUAGAGGUUCCACAUCCUCAACAGGCUCUUCAACCUGCCUGAAACCUACCUGUAGGUCUGCAUGGUGGACUUCUCUGGCUGCUCCCGCUAUACCCAGGGUGUCCUGUGCCCUGGUCCAGGUUUGGUGGUCACCUCAGCCGCCUCAUCAGCCUCCCCUGUCCUCUCGGCCUGCCCCAGCUGUGACACUAGCUAUCGGCAUGGGAACCUCUUCACUCCUUCCGAAGCCUCUUCCUUCCAGGACCAGAGUGAUGCCUCUCUCCUGUCUGGCUCUCCCCUUGAGGAAGAACCAAGUGUGGGAGGGGGCGUCUCCCACACAUGGGCCUCCCUGGAAGUGGACUUGGGCCCCUGCCCGGGGCCCCACCAGCACCGUGCGGUUGACUCUGGACGCUCCUCGGACGAGGUGCGCGAGCUGCUCGGGGUGCAUGGGAAGGAUAUUCUGUACAUCGGGGACCACAUCUUCAAGGACAGCCUCAAGUCUAAGAAGCAGCAGGGCUGGACUUGCAUGGGGGUUCCUGAGCUGUCCCGGGAGCUGGGCGUCUGGGUCCAAGGGAAGGGUGAGCUGGAGGAGCUGAAGAGGUUGGACAUGCACCUGGUAAAGCUGUACCUCGAGAGCCCUGAAGGGCCCAGGGUAGGGCACACGGAUGGGAGCAGCUAUAGGUUGCAAGUCAUCAGCUCCAUCAAGAGGGAUAUGCAGAUGCCCCAUGGAUCAGCUGUGGAGCAAGAACGAGCUAACCUGGAUCCCCUCGCCUACCUCUUCUACAGCCAGAGAACGAGUUGCUAGAAGGUCACUGUGAAAGACAGGAAAUGAGACAGCCCAACCAUCUUUGAGCUUGAUGCAUACAUGGCAUUAGAACAUAUACAAAGGGCAGCCCAGGUGGCUCAGCGGUUUAGCGCAGCCUGCAGCCCGGGGUGUGAUCCUGGGGACCUGGGAUCGAGUCCCACGUCCGGCUCCCUGCGUGGAGCCUGCU